AUGGCGCGUGAGAGCAGAGCCGAUGCGAUGAGUAGCCCAUCUUCAGAUGCCUGGUCCAGUGAUGAGUACAAGCCUCCUCCUGGAAGCCCGUGCUCCUCUACAUUAUCCAGCAACGUUUCAGUAUUUUCUGACACAUCGUGUGCUGAAGUGUCUGAUGAAGAGGAGCUAGAGCCGACCUCCACAAAGGCCCAGAAAAACAAACGGACCAAGAGGACAGAUGCGUGUGCUGAAGUGUCUGAUGAAGAGGAGCUAGAGCCGACCUCCACAAAGGCCCAGAAAAACAAACGGACCAAGAGGACAGAUGCGUGUGCUGAAGUGUCUGAUGAAGAGGAGCUAGAGCCGACCUCCACAAAGGCCCAGAAAAACAAACGGACCAAGAGGACAGAUGCGUGUGCUGAAGUGUCUGAUGAAGAGGAGCUAGAGCCGACCUCCACAAAGGCCCAGAAAAACAAACGGACCAAGAGGACAGAUGCGUGUGCUGAAGUGUCUGAUGAAGAGGAGCUAGAGCCGACCUCCACAAAGGCCCAGAAAAACAAACGGACCAAGAGGACAGAUGCGUGUGCUGAAGUGUCUGAUGAAGAGGAGCUAGAGCCGACCUCCACAAAGGCCCAGAAAAACAAACUGACCAAGAGGACAGAUGAAGCUUCUAGAAACCCAAAGAAACCCUGGAGUGAGGAGGAGAGCCGUGGAGAAGAGGAUGGAGAAGUACCUGGCUCUGUGUGCUGUGCCUCACACAGGAGUCUGCAGCCCUCAUCAACAGAACCUGGAAGGACCUCAGACCCGGACCCUCCCCCUUCAGAGCUGCCGGUGCGACCCCAGCCCCAGUGUCAAACGCUCUCACACUCUGUCAGCUCCUCCUCACUGCUGAGUCGGCCUAAUGAGCAAGCCAGCGGGAACGAGCACAAGAGAGGGAGGCCUUUAAAGAUAUAG